AUGGCGUCUUCAACGCCACCUAGCCUUCGGUUCAUAAGCCAUCCGCAUAUUACACAUCACAGCACUCAUCAUACCAGAGAUCGCAGCUGGCACUUAAGUGUUACCAUAACCUCCAGGCAAGAAACCGCAGCCGACGAUCCUCCAACCACAUAUUCACCUCCAAGAUCAGACUCUCCCCUAAUUCCAGACUCUCCAGCACCUGAACACCCAGCUUCACCUCUCUCUUUCCACCCUUUCCCUCGUUUUCCCACCGAGAUCCAACAUCAAAUCUGGACGCUCGCAGCUAAGGAUAUUGCACCCCGCAAUAUCACUAUAUGCCAUGAACCAUGCGAAUUUGAAGGUUGCGCAAGCAUUAUUGAGAAAGUAAUCAAAUACAUCACCGAUCUUCUGACAUUCGGCCGGGAGAAGAAAACGGUUGAUUAUGAGUGUUUGGCUGUUCCUGCUUUGCUUCAUACGAAUUUUUUGGCGCGCAGUAUUGCACGCAAAUUGUAUAGGAGACGAUUUCAGGAGGUGCUUAAUAGAAAGAUUUAUGUGGGAGUGGAGGAUAAUAUUGUGGUUGUGCCUAGGCCUAUUUGCAAGGUUGGAGUGCGCGUGCAUCAUAGGAAAGAAAAUGAUUUUUGA